AUGGAUGUGGCCAUGCGGCUGCUCGCCUGCGGAGAGCGACUGGACAUCAACACACAAACCUACCAGAAGGAAUCUGCACUGUCUCUGGCUGCCCACUCCGGGCACCUACAGGUGGUUAGUGCCAUUCUGGAAGACUGUCAGGCGGACCGCAAUAGCAUUGACAAGCAAGGGCGCACUGCUCUGUGGUGGGCGGCUCAUGAAGGGCAGUCGACCAUCAUGAGAUGGUUACUCGAGGAUGCCAAGGUCCAACUCAACAUCGAAGAUUGCCAGGGACGGGACGCUCUAGAGGCCGCGCGGAGUCAGUAUCAUUUUGAUGUCAUACGUCUCCUACAGACUUCCCGCGCGGGUCAUCACCGCGACGUCACUCUGCAAACCUAA